CAGAAGUUACUGAUGCAUCACAGCACCUAUUGACUUCAAUGCUGAUCCUGAUUCUGGUGUUCAUAAUUUUAAUUCUUUUAGCCGGCUAUUUCUUUAGGUUCAGGAAACACAGAAAAGCUGUUGUGAAUGCUAGUGAUAAAAAAAUGCCAAAUGGAAUCUUAGAAGAACAAGAGCAGCAAAGAGUGAUGCUUCUUGGAAGAUCCCCCUCUGGCCCAAAAAAGUAUUUUCCAAUUCCAGUGGAGCACCUGGAAGAUGAAAUACGGAUAAGAGCAGCUGAUGAUGGGAAGUUAUUUCGGGAGGAAUAUAACUCAUUACCACCUGGACUCAUGCAAGGAACUCUUGAAAUGGCAAAUAAAGAGGAAAACAGAGAAAAAAACAGAUAUCCCAACAUACUGCCUUAUGAUCAUUCCAGAGUAAUUUUGCCACAGAUAGAUGGAGCUCAAUGUUCAGAUUACAUUAAUGCAUCAUAUAUAGAUGGUUAUAAGGAAAAGAAUAAAUUCAUAGCAGCUCAAGGUCCUAAACAAGACACAGUAAAUGAUUUCUGGAGGAUGGUAUGGGAACAGAAGUCUGCAACUAUUGUCAUGUUGACAAAUGUGAAAGAGAGAAAGGAAGAUAAAUGUUUCCAGUAUUGGCCUGAUCAAGGAUGCUGGACUUACGGAAACAUCCGAGUUUCUGUGGAGGACUGCAUUGUUCUUGUGGACUACACCAUUCGGAAGUUUUGUAUUCAGUCACAAGUUGCUGAUGGCUGCAAAGCCCCAAGGCUUGUAACUCAGCUUCAUUUCACCAGCUGGCCUGAUUUUGGAGUGCCUUUCACACCUAUUGGAAUGCUCAAGUUUCUAAAGAAGGUUAAAUCAUUGAAUCCUAUGCAUGCUGGGCCAAUUGUGGUUCACUGCAGUGCUGGCGUGGGUCGGACAGGCACGUUCAUAGUAAUAGAUGCCAUGAUUGACAUGAUACACUCAGAACAGAAGGUGGAUGUUUUUGAGUUUGUAGCAAGAAUCCGUAAUCAGCGCCCACAAAUGGUUCAGACUGAUAUGCAGUAUUCCUUCAUUUAUCAAGCCUUACUUGAAUACUACCUUUAUGGUGAUACUGAACUAGAUGUGUCCUCUUUGGAAAAGCAUUUGCAGCCAUCACACAAUGCAACACCAAAUCUAGUCAAAAUUGGUCUAGAAGAAGAGUUUAAAAAAUUAACAAAUGUUAGAAUAAUGAAAGAAAACAUGAGAACCGGCAAUCUGCCAGCUAAUAUGAAGAAAGCCAGAGUUAUCCAAAUCAUCCCAUAUGACUUUAACAGAGUGAUUCUUUCAAUGAAACGAGGUCAGGAGUAUACAGACUAUAUCAAUGCUUCCUUCAUAGAUGGCUAUCGUCAAAAAGAUUACUUUAUUGCAACUCAAGGACCACUUCCUCACACUGUGGAAGAUUUCUGGCGAAUGGUGUGGGAGUGGAAAUGCCACACAAUUGUUAUGCUUACGGAAGUUUUGGAAAGAGAGCAAGAAAAAUGUUUUCAGUAUUGGCCAUCAGAGGGUUCCAUUACAUAUGGAGCAAUUACCAUAGAGAUAAAGAGUGAAGCACUUGUUGAUGGUAUCAGCAUAAGGGACUUUUUGAUUACACACAGUCAGGAAAAGCAGGGCAGAAUUGUCCGACAGUUUCAUUUUCAUGGAUGGCCUGAAAUUGGAAUUCCCUCUGAAGGUAAAGGAAUGAUUGACCUCAUUUCAGCUGUCCAGAAACAGCAACAGCAGACGGGAAACCAUCCUAUUACAGUGCACUGCAGUGCUGGAGCUGGAAGAACAGGAACAUUCAUAGCACUCAGUAAUAUUUUGGAACGAGUAAAAGCUGAAGGGCUUUUAGAUGUUUUUCAAGCUGUGAAGAGUUUACGGCUGCAGAGACCACAUAUGGUGCAAACACUGGAACAGUAUGAAUUUUGCUACAAAGUGGUACAAGAUUUCAUUGAUAUAUUUUCUGAUUAUGCUAAUUUCAAGUGAAAAUUCCUGCCUUAUUUUUUAUUUAAUCAACUGUACAGAGAUUUGUAAAUCAUGUUAAUUUAUAUAUAUAUAUAUACACACACAUAUUGAUUUUUAACUCUUAAUGUACAUAUUAUCAUGUUUGUUUUGCUCUGAAUGUCUCAGAUAUAUUUAAAUAGAUUUUUGCGCCUUGAUUUAAAUGAAUAUGUGUAGAUACCUUUCAAAAAUAUUUAAAACCCUCUACUCAGCUUUUGGUAGAUAAGAAGUAGUGGUGGGGGGAGAGAAUGAAAAGCUAAGUGAAAGAAUUUUAACUUUUUAAGUACAUGUUCAUUCAUGUUGAUCAAGAUGCUCAGUGGUGAAAUGGCACCUUCACCAAAAGUGUUUGCAAAAGUGAACUGUAUAUCCAUGGGGGUGGGGGUGGUAUGUGUGGAAAAAAGGUUCAGAAUAUUUAACAGCGCAAACCUAUACAGAAUUAUUCCAGUCUAAACCCACUGAACUCUGUGGACUUAGACUACAGUAACUCUGAAUAACACUGUACCGUAAAUAGUUUCACCUAACACAUGACCAUGUACAACUAUCCCAGAGAACAUGGGCACAAUCAGGGCACAAUCUUUUCUUUGUUAGGUACAGUGAAGUCUCACUGACUUCAAGGAGAAUGUAAACCUGUCUUGUUGAAAUUAAUAGGACUUGCUUACCUUUUCGUUGGAUCACUAUAUUUUCCCUAAACACCUGUACCACAGUAGCCUUCAUUUCUAAAGCUUAACUCUCACUAACUCAUAAAAUCACCCCUAAAGUUUAUAAAGCAGAUGAAUUAAAGUAGGUAUGCUAAAACCAAAAUUCACACUUAUUAACAGUUAUUUCAUUUGAAGCAAGUUCUACUCAGUGGUCACAGUGGUUCAUUUCAAAUUUUACAUGAAAUCAUGGUUUAAUUAAACUAACUAUGGUGAAUGUUUGGCACCUUGCUCUGUUACUGUAUGUUUUACUGAGAUAGUGGGGUCUAUGUAGGGUGCUUAGCUGUCUAACCCAAAGGUCUGCAACCUUUACCACCCAGAGAGCCAUUUGGACCCAUUUUCCACGGCCCCAAAGAUCUACCGAGCCAGAGAGGCGGCUCUACACGGAACCGCCUCCGGUUCGGC